GGAAUUCUUUGAAUGUUCAGAUUACUCUUUUCAUCAUCAUCGCCAUUACGUUGUCAUAUUAAAAAUAUAUGCAGAAUUUCUGCUUUUAUGUGAAAGACGAAUUUACGAAGUUAACAGUAGAAUAUAAUACGCAUUAAUGGCUAGUAAGAAAAAACAUGUUGCGAAACUUCCAAUGGCGUCAUUAACCGAACCAGUGCGAAAAAGUGUUUUAGAUGUGAUACAAUAUAAUCUUCGCGCCAUUGGUUACAGAUUCUUCUCAGGAUGGUGCCACGUCUACAUGAUACCGCCGAUUUUAAUAGGGACGUUAGAAGCUCAAACAUUGGAUGACAUUCUAAAGCAAGUCUCAAACUGUCUAAUAAAGGUGUACACGUUAUGCAAGUAUAUUGCAAACGUGAUGCACACAAAGUCGAUCAACAUUCAAGACGUGCUACGAAACUUGGGAGACAAAGCGGCCUGGUAUCUCCCCGAGAGCACAGUUCUCGAGUUUCUCUUGAAUGUGAAUUCGCCCGUGCUCAAAACCGUCGAGGAGUAUUUGCAAAUGUAUUCCGAUGCAUCGCCGAGUGCAUUCUGGGACGAUAAUAAUGUCUGGCCACCGCCUUGCGAUAUUAUGCCUCGCGACGCAUUCGAUGGCCGAAAGGUUCCGGAUCAUCGGAACAGCGAAAAAUAGAAAUGUGCCCUGGAAACCAACUGUCUCGCAAGCAAGAUGCGGAAAAAUGACUUAUCUUCUUUCUUUCUUUUUUUCCUCUUAAUGUUUCC